AAAUUAAGGUUUCGAAUGCGAGACAGACAAUACAAUGACGUUUUGCAUAUUGACCAAGAGGGGACAGCAGCUAUUAGCAACCACGUCUCAGCAGCCGGAUUUACAAAGAAGAAGACAACCAGGAAGCGUCCCCAUAUAUUGCCCGUCAGAAAAAUGGCUACUGGAGUGGAUCAAGCAGCAGGCAUGAGUCUUAUCGUCUUCAGCCUCAUGCUAUUUACUUACUAUUCUAUCUGGGUCAUUGUUCUGCCUUUCAUGGACACUGAUCAUGUGCUACACAAGUACUUUCUACCACGGGAAUACUCAGUCAUUCUGCCUGGUAUCGCAGCUGUACUACUGCUCCUUUGUAUUGGGGCCUUCACUGCUAUAGUCCUUUGGAAGAAUCAAAAACCCAAAAAAGUUAAUUAACCUCAAAAUGGGAUUGCUCUUGAUUUUAUAUAUAGUGUGGAACUGUAAAUAAAUAUAGAAUCAUUCCCUCCAAUUAUCUGUCAGUGCUCCUCAAUAGUUACCUACCAAUAGGUAUUUUUGUAAAUAAAUAAAAACUAAUCAUCAAAAA